GCGCACUGUCCAUCGGAGCGGCUGGGUUUACUACCAACAUUACAAUGACAAUUCGCUGUCAAAGUGUUGGAUUUCAGAAAAAUUUACCACGCAAUUUAUUAACGAUGAAUGUAGUGCCCGAAAAUAUCGGUCAAAAACGAACAUGCAAACAGUCAUCACAGAAUGAUGCUGAUGAAACGAUUUUAGAAUGUAAAAAUGAAGGAAAACGCCUGAAGUUGGAAUCAGUUCACCACUUGACGUUAAGUAAUCAGAUGACAUCAACUCCGUUGGAUAUUCUAUCACCAAUUGAAGUAAAUUAUCCAUCUGAAAACAAACAAUCUGCCAAUAAUCCUGUUAGUUCAGGCAUAAAAUUUAUUGAUUGUGAUGAACUGGCUUCAUUACUAACCUCAAACUAUUCAUGUAAACAAUGUGUACCGCUCAUACUUGACAUAAGAAGUCUUGCCUCUCAAGCUAAUUUACGAAUACAAACAGCAAUCGGCAUACCAUGUGAAUCUCGUGUAAAGUUACGUCGUGCAUUGCCAGUGCUAAAUAAUUAUUUACGUGCUAGAGAACAAUGUUUUAAUACUCAUAAUCUAAAGGACUACCAACCUAACUACCGUUUAAUAAUCAUCUAUACUGAUUCUGAUAUCGGUGGAUUUCCUAUGUUAAAAGAUCUUCUUCACUGCUUGGUUAAACACUUGAUUGAUGUUCAUCAUUUAGAUGCAAGAGUCCUCAAAGGCGGUAUUCAAGAGUUUUGCAAUUCUUAUAAUCAUUUAUGUGAACAGCCGUUAGCCGAAUCUCAAUCUAUAAGUGAUGAUUCGAAAACCAGUCACACUGAAAAUAUAACUCAUAAUGCGUCGAGAAAUAUAAAGGAUAAGUUCGCUCAUUCUUUGAACAUUCAACUUACAAAAAUAAAGUGUCGAAAAUUAGAAUUCAAAUGUUCACCAAUAUUGUUACCGGGUUUAGGCUUGUCUGCAGGAAAUACAGAAUACAAGCCGAUUCGAUUACACAAUUCAGUAAAACAAUCUAAUAGUUUAGCUUCAACAAUAAUUAACCGCUGUAACUCAACUGCAAAUUUUAUUGGAAAACAAUGGAAUCUAGCAGGAUUUUGUGUAACUGAUAAUGAUCCUGGUGAUCCAAAAGAUAUAUUUCGUGCCGAAAUCAGUCGAAUAUUCCCUUUUCUAUAUCUAGGGAAUGAAUACGAUGGUCAAAGUGAAAAGAUUUUAAAUAAACAUGGUAUAGAUUCAAUUUUAAAUGUAACUAUUAAAACACCAUUUCUUGAUGAAUCGCGAUUUAAUUGCUGUCGUCUUCCUGCAAACGAUUCACAUUCACAAGAUUUACGAUCGUAUUUUACAUCAGCAUUUCAAUUCAUCGGUAUGUAAAUAGUCAUUCUAUAUUUUUUAUUUUCGUGUACGAUAUUCAAUAACACUAAAUUUUGGUCAUUAAAUAAAUUAUGUGUAUUUACGUUAUUUAUGUGAGAAUUAGCUACACUUCAACAACUAUAUCACUUGAUUGUUCCUUACGUAAUCACUUAGUUGAAACUUUCUAUGCAAACUGGCUGUAUAAUUGCUGUGGAUUGCAUCACUCACCAUUUGACAAGUAAAGAGUCAGUUACUUCAAGAAGACGUAAAGUGCACAACUUUUAACUUCAAUUCUUAACAAAACCUUCCGUUGUCAAAAUUGUUUCAAGUAGAGGUGAGCAACAGGUACAUAAUGUAGAUAGUUAUUAAUACGUACUAGUCAAACUAUGUGUCUAUCCACAAUUCAGUCAUUAUGAAAUCCAAACAAUGUCUCCAAGAUAUUCAGAUUUAAAAUUACCUACUGGGAUUGAAAGAGAUUGGUUCAUGUUGUGUAAUGGCGUAAUAAGUACAAUAUACAUGGAACUUAUAAAGCAUUCUAGGACAAUCAUUUAUACGAAUAUUCCUCAAGAUUGGAACGAAUAGUUUGAUUAUUGCCCUGAAGAAGUCCAGACAAGUUACAUACCAUACUUUGUUUUCUUGUCUUCGUCCUAAUUUCUUUCGAUAUAUAAUAAACAUAGUCUUGAAAUAAUACUAAUUUGAUGAGUCAUGUCUCGGUCGUGAUUCACUGCUUUAUAAUUUGUAAAAUAUAACAAUGCUGUCUGUUAUGCCUCUAUUUAUGCUGAGUCAGUCUGGAAAAAUAUGUCACUGUUUUUAUCUUGAGAAAGUGAUUGAUAAACAGACAGACGAGAAUUUCAGACAAACAAUGACUCAUCUUAAAUAGAUUUAACAUCGUUCCAAACUUAAGUGAUGGAUCUAAAGUUUGAAAUAUUUAUCUAAUUGGUCAAUAAAUGUGAUAAAACAAAUGUAUACAUUAAUUUUACUCGGAUAAACUGCACCGAAAUGUUAGUCAUCAAACUAAUGCUAUAAUAUAUUAAUGUCCUACGGUGCAGCAGUAAUAUCACCUAAAAUUAAUAACUAAUCAGUUAGGAAUGAAACCAUUCGAUUCAACAACACUGAAUAUCUUAGUAUACUGGGUUGUGGAGUUUGUUGAAUUAGGAAGUUAUACAUCACGUACCCGUUUUAAGGAGCACUGAACGAAAAAAUUUUGGUUUUCAGUAAUUAUCUGUAAUUUAAAACUACAAAAUAUCAUGUUUUGUCGGUAGUAUACAUAAUGUGGAAUAAGUGAUUUGAAGUAACGAAUGUACUAUAUCGGAAGGAUGUUAUGUAAUCUUAUGUAUGAAUUCUCAAGAAGUAAUUGUUUGUUAACUAUUCACAAAACAUUAAAUAAUUGACACGAAUUUCUUAAACAAAUAUCUAGAACAAUUUAAUCAGGAUUGUAAUGUACAUACAAUAUGCCAUAUUUGAAUGUAAUAAUAUCCGAAAUUCAUAUAAAACCUAAUGAAUUAAACUCUAAAUACUGAACACAUUUUCUAUGCAUUAGAUCACUUCUUGCAAGAAAUAGUAUAGAAGACUUGUUUUAAAUGUGUAGAUCUAAGUUAAAUAUAUCUAAUACGUUAAUCAGUAGUUCAUGUUGUUGUUGUUGUUGUCGUCGUUGAGAUAACAAUCUAGCGACAACAGACAACACAGUGUUAGUAUACUAUGAUCGUUUUUAAAAAAAAUUAUGAAUAAUGAUCAUGAAUAUUUUUAUAGUUACCACUUGUUUAGAGAUGUUCUUAUUAAAUACUUCUGAAGGUGUUCAUUUACGAAUAACUAUUACAGUUUAUUUCAUUUCUUGUCGAAUUCUGUUGAUCGUAAACAUGACAUCAAAUAAACAUACGUAUUGUGUCUAGACAACGAAAACAUUAUAUAUUGAUUUUUUCAAGUUGUUUAUGAUAGUUAUUAAUGGUUAUUAGAUAAAAUUUAAUAUUUUCGUAUUGUACACUAUACAUUAUACCUUAUUCUCUUAUCUAUCAACCCACUGUCGUAUUCAUUUACUUAUUCUGUUGGUUACAUGUAAUCGAUUAUUUUGCUUUUGUAUAACGCACUCUUUGGGCUUUAUGAUUCCUAUAAAAAAAGUCUUUAUUACUCGAGUAAAAAAUUCUAGAUAAAAGCUUGAACUCAUCGAAUACUUUUUUCCUAAAUCUAUUAUGUAUCUGAUGGUUGAAUUGAACAUUUGACGUCAAAAUGAGACGAAAUAUUGUUUUCUAGGUAUUAUUCAUUACAAAAUGAUCUGAUUUAGGGUACCAAUGAAAACACGGGAGCAAUGGAAAGUCGUUCCAUCCUUGUAUAGGAUACCUCAGCAUUGCAGAUCAAUGACGACUGACACCUAGAAAUUAAACCAAUCUCCACAAAACGUUUUCAACUAAACUGUAAUAGUCAAUUCGCCCCUGACUUUCUUCAAGAUAUUCCUAAAGUUCUACUGAGAAGUUGUCAUUAAUGGGGUUCAAACAUGGCGGAAGUAUGGAAGUUGUCAUCUAUAACAUUGGAUAAUCGUCGUGCUAUAUCUCAGAUUGAUUGAACUUAAAAUUGUGUCAUUGAAUGCUUAUCCAGUAGUUUUACUGGUUAGAUAUUCAUCACAAAAAAUGGAAACCGUAGGUUCCUGACAUUGUGGGGUUGUGGAUGUUUACUACCGAGGAAAGCCCCGUAUUAGGGCGAAUCAGUUUUUACGAGGACACACAGUUUACCAAUGCUCCUUAAUUUUUAACAGCACUUCAACUGAGAUCAAUCUGUUACGAAUACCACGUACAAAUUAAACCAGUCUUCACGAAACUUUUAACAAUUAGCUGUUUACAUAUUUUCUAUUGACUAUUAUGAUAAACAUGUUAUUGUAGACACACGAACGCUUGUCUUGCUUAUUCCAGGGUAUAGCGAUAAAAUGAACUUUAGAUAAAUAAGGUCACUGAUACUUUGCAGUUGGUCUUUAUGUACAUAGAAAUUCUGAAACUAAUGGAGUAUAGAUUCAAAUAGAAAUAUUUACCAGUCUCUGCUAAACUAGCUAAAGUAUAUGUCUAACUUUAAAUUAAUUGCUUGUUGCUUGAUAUUACAACACAAUAGCUUGUCUGAAUGGUUUGUUUAUCAACAAAAAUUAUAAUUCCCUAGUAGAUUGAACAAAUUUUUCGCUAAUUCCGUUUUCUAAGAUCUACAUGUUUGGAAUUUAUGGGUCUGCUGCAUAAGUGAAUCGUCCGUCCCGUCUCAUCAAUCAUACUAGUGAUUUCAUCAACCCACUUAUUUUGUCAUUACAGCUAAGAUUUUGUUUGAAAUGGGAAAUGAAGUAACGUUUUCUAAUUUUAUGAUUAUUGGCACCUCAUAAAAAGUGCUGUUUCAUUUUUGUUUACUUCAUCAAUGUUUUUCCUUUGAAAAAAUUGUCUCUCCAUAGAAGAAGUUCGUUGCUCUGGCAAAACUGUACUUGUUCAUUGUCAAGCUGGUGUGUCCAGAUCACCAGCUUUAAUCAUUGCUUAUUUAAUGAACUAUUCAAGUUUGUCACUAAGCGAUGCUUAUCAAUAUGUGAAAUCGAAACGUUCGGUGAUUGCACCAAAUUUCGCCUUUAUGGGGCAGUUAUAUGAGUUGGAAUCGGACUUAACAUCUGGACGAUUAUCAAGACAGUCGAAUAUCUUAGAUCCAUUAUUAAAACCUAAUUAAUCACUAUGAUUGUUACUGUUAAUAACAUCAAAUUCGAUACUACCUAUCUAUUUGUCUGACUAAUUAUUUAUGCCGUUUGUGAUUUAGUAGUAUACACCAGUGCGGUUGGCUGUAACCAUUUUGAUAGAAAUUUGUAAAUAUCAUCAUUACCUCAAUCACACAAUAAUUCAGGUAAAAUACAUAAUACCAUUAUUUUCAUCCCAUAUCUUAAGCUUGUUAUGUUCUGUUUAUCAAUGUGAUUCAUGUGUUCAAUGUAAAAACUGUUUUAUAGUUUAUUAUCACAAUAUGUCAAUUCCUAAAUGUUCUACUUAUUUUCUCAUAUUCACCUCAACGAUUUUUUUUUUGUUGAAAAAAAUGAGUACAAGACGGAAACAUUUUCUUUCAGAUGAUUUUUUUCUAUCCAGAUUUCAAUAUUUUUAAAAGAGAAAGAUGAAUACAACUUUUAUUUGAAUUUUGCUGUUUUGUUUAGAUGAAUUCAGCAUUUUUGUUUUGCAACUUUUUAUACCGAUUUCUGUAAAAGAAAUUUGUUAUCCUCAACAGUAAUUUGAACAUUGUUGCUAACGUUAUUGUACAAAGUAUGAAUUUUUCUUUAUCUGUUUGUUUAUGCUCAUGUGUGUAUGUAAACGAUUGUUUUUGUUUUCUACUUUUUGUAAAAUAUCAAUUUUGAAUUCGAUUACUUUUUUAAUGAUUAUGGUGAAGAAAAGAUUAUGAAAAAAACUAUCUCCUUGAUUGGGUAGUAUUCAGGGAGAUCAAAGCAUUAUCUUUCUUUUAAUUAAACGUUAAGCUCUUGCUGGUAACGAUAAUUAAGUGUGAGUCUUUUCUAAUUCCAAUUUUCGCAUAGCCUUUUCGCUUUUCUGACCGAUUGUCAGUACUUUCAGUUUAGUAACUUUCUUUGUGCUCCAAGGUCAUGUUUUUAUUGAUAUAUCUAUACAGAGUUGUACGAUUUAAACUUGGCUUAAAUAUCAAUUUUCUUGAA